GAGGAAUUAAAAUCUCUGAAAUCGUCGUGAUUUCGUUUAUUUUGAGCUAAUCGAUGGGUUCGGAAGGUCCGUACACUGCACAGAAGCGGAGUGUGGCGGGGCUCCCUACGACGGCGCCGACCGGGAGCGCACGCCGCGCAGCGGCUGCGGCGGUUCAUCCGCGGGGGAAGCAGACACACAAGACCUUCAACAACGUCAAAAUCACGAUUCUCUGCGGAGUAAUCACCAUUCUCGUGCUCCGCGGCACGAUCGGUCUCGGCAGCCUCGUGAUGUACGACAAAGAAGGUGCGAAUCCGCAUCUGACCGAAGAAACGAAUCGGAUCCUGGCGGAGAUCCGAUCCGAUCCAGAAGAUGGAGAGGAAGAGGUCCUGGACCUGAACGCUACGUUUGCCCUAGGGCCUAAAAUCAAAGGAUGGGACGAAGAUCGCAAGGUAUGGCUUCGCAAACAUCCUCUGUUUCCAAAUUACCUUAAUGGAAGACCUAGAAUUUUGCUCGUGACUGGAUCGCCACCUGGUCCGUGCGAAAAUGCAAUUGGGGAUCACUAUCUGUUGAAAGGAUUGAAGAACAAGAUAGAUUACUGUAGGAUUCAUGGAAUUGAGAUUGUGUAUAACAUGGCGAUUCUGGAUAAGGAGAUGUCAGGGCACUGGAUGAAGCUGCCAUUGAUUCGUCGCUUGAUGUUGAGGCAUCCUGAAGCAGAGUGGCUAUGGUGGAUGGACAGUGACGCCAUCUUUACAGACAUGGCGUUUGAGGUGCCUCUUCUCAAGUACAAGGAUCACAACCUGGUCGUCCAUGGCCACCGCGAUUUGCUGUUCGAUCAGAAGUUGUGGGUUGCGCUGAACACCGGCAGCUUCUUGAUCCGAAACUGCCAGUGGUCAUUGGAUCUGUUGGAUGCAUGGGUGCCGAUGGGGCCGAGGGGUCCGAUUCGCGAGGAGGCCGGGAAGGUCUUGACAGCCAAUCUGAAGGGGCGUCCGGCUUUUGAGGCAGAUGAUCAAUCGGCAUUGAUAUAUCUGCUGAUUCUGCAGAAGGAUAAGUGGAUGGACCGAGUUUUUGUCGAGAACUCGUAUCAUCUGCACGGGUUUUGGGAGGGUUUGGUAGAUCGUUUCGAGGAGAUGAUCGAGAAGUAUCAUCUCGGGUUGGGGGACGAGAGGUGGCCUUUCGUUACACAUUUUGUCGGGUGCAAGCCUUGUGGAGCUUACGGGGAUUACCCUGUCGAGCGUUGCUUGAAGAGCAUGGAGAGAGCGUUUAACUUUGCUGAUAACCAAGUGUUGAACUUGUACGGGUUUAGGCACCGGGGGUUGGUGAGCCCGAACGUUAAGAGGAUCCGGAACGAAUCGAAUAAUCCUUUGGCGAAUGUCGAUCGGUUUGAUAUCCGGCAUUCGAUGGAGCGGAGCAACAGCAGAUCGAAGAGUUAGGUAGGCCUUCCGGCGCAAUCUGCUAGCAACAUUACACUGUUGUGUCGUUGCCAAAUACAUGCUCGACUUAGAAGCCGGAUCUCGUUGUGUCAUCACAUGAUUGCAUGUAGUUCAUCACCGUCUGUCGAAGGGAGAAGAUCGAAGAGAUGAGUUCAUCCUUGUACAGAGAGUAGCUCUUGCCCAACGGAUCUUUUCUGGAACGUUGGAAUUCAA